UGUGAACUUGAAGCUCUCCUCUGUGUUAUCUGUUGAUGCUCACAGCUCAUCUGACGGGCCUUCACCUCCACCGAGAAGAAGAUGCAGCUCGAGAUGACUCUUCUUCAGAUUCUUGCUGUGCUCUUCCUGCCUGGAGCAUGGACUCAGAGCAGCAGCAGACUCGGUGCGGUGGUGGAAACUAAGAACAUCACCUUCCCUGCGGGGUCAAAGGCCGUUCUGCCCUGCCACAGCCCCCGCAUGGUGUGGACCCAGGACAGACUGAAGGACCGUCAGAGGGUGGUGCACUGGGACCUGGUCCGAAGCAGCCCGGAGUACUCCGUGGAGAGAAUCCUGGACAUGUCCCCUGGAGCCCGCCAAAGGGUCUACAAUGGUUUCAACAAAGGACGCGUUUCCAUCCCAGACUCCGCUUUCAAUGACGGCAACUUUUCCCUCGUCAUCGACAAUGUGGUCACAACCGACCGAGGAGUUUAUACUUGUAAUCUGCACCACCAUUACUGCCAGAUUCACCAAUCCGUUCAAAUCCAGCUCAAUGUCACUAAGUCAGUUCGCAAAGAGAAACGUUACUGGGAUGGAGAGAGAACUGUAUUCGUGGUCUUACUGGGCAAGUCGGUGGUUUUGCCUUGUGUGAACCGACGCUCCCUGUGGAGAGAGGGUCUCCAGGAGGACCAGCAGCAGGUGGCUCACUGGGACUUCCAGGCGCCUGGAGUGCGUCCUGACAGGGCCGACCGCCUGGUGGACCUCUACGCCUCUGGAGAGCGCCGGGAUUAUGGCCCGCUCUUUGCCCAGAACAAGAUGAGCGUGGAGGAGGACGCCUUCACGUUUGGCGACUUCUCCUUGUCCAUCUCUGACUUGAAGCCUGUUGACAAAGGCCUGUACUCCUGCCACCUGCACCACCACUACUGCGGCCUUUAUGAGAGACGCAUUUUCAGGCUCACUGUGGCACCUCCACCUCCACCUCCGCCGCCCGCCUCCACAACAGCACCCAGAAUCUUCAAGAAUUAUGAACCUGUGCCAAGGACUGAUGAGGUGGAGGGUCCACGUGUGGUGAACGUCAUCCUCCCUGAGCAUCGAGGUUAUUUUGUGCAGCAUUUGGGAUAUUUCCUGGCAACGUUCCUACUGCUGGCGUUCGUCGUUGUCGCCGUCAUUGUGUUGACAAGACGACGCAAAAAGAGAGGGCUGCAAUAUGAGCUGCGAAGAUCUGAGCGGGGGGACGUGAUCAUCGAGGGUGAUAUGUCAUUAGAGUGCACAGAGCUGAGGCCCUGCAGCCAAGAACCAGUGAUUUCAGACUACAAAAACAACCUACUGAAAGAGAGAGAUAUGACCAAAGACUGCAACAAGGACCUCGAUGGGAAGCUGUGGAAGUGAGUGGGAUAUUUCUGAGCUGCUGCUGCUGGCAGGACCAGGGCAAACACCGGAAGAGUAAAGGAUCAUGGAGAGAAGAGGGAAAAAAGGAGGAAACCCAAGAGAGGACAGGAGGAAUGCUCCCUCUGCUGUAACUCUAGCACACUAAGCUUUUUCACUAAAAGGCAACAUCAUUGUUUGUGUAUUUUUUUAAUAUGCAACUUGCAUUUUCACCAGCUGUACUAAUAAGGUUAAACAUUUAUUUAAUCCUUACUCUUUGCAUUCAUUGGUCUGUUGAUCUUGAAUAUUAGAUAUUUUCUAUCAUCAUUUUUUUUUUAAUUAAAGUGCAUGCUGUUUAUUAAAGUAUGUCUUAUAUGUACUGUGCAUGCCCACAGAGCUGCAGCCUCACAGCUCCUCUUAAUUGUUAAAUAUUCCCUUUUUUUCACAAAUUCUGCUGUACUUUAAUUUGUAAAUGGUUUUAUUCAAAUGUUAAUUUACUGUAUCUCUGUAGACAGUGUUUGGAAACAAGUUGAACUCAUCUCUAUCUACAGAUGGUAAGAAAUUUUUCACAUGUCAUGGUACUGGUUUUUUUCUUCCCUCUUAAACCCUGCGAUGAUGACAAAGUGACUAAAUUUCCCCUUUUCUCUCAAUGUUAUGUAUUUUUAGAAACGCAGAUCGUGAGACCCGGAUGAACAUAUAGUCCCUUUGAAUACAUUUAAAUUAUCAGGUGUCAAAUUAUGAAAUAGUAGGACAGGGGACUAAAGGCUCAGUCUUAACUCGAAACUCAGGACAAAGAAGAAUGUUUUAACCAUGUAUUUGGUUUCCAACGGGCUGUGCAGUAGGCUACUUGUUUGCAUCGGGCAUGUACAACGUAUCCUGGUUUUUAAAACACUGAAUUUUCACGAUUAAAACUGCUGGUUAAUGAUACAGGUUGAUACAAAGCCUCACUGCUCUGUGAGGUUCACUGCAGGAAGAAGUGUGUCUACCAUCUCAGUAAUAAUCACAAAGUCCCAACCCCCCUUUUGAAAUCACUCUCUGCCUCUUGCUCUCUGUCUUACUCACUUGCACACAGUCUAUUGUUGGUUUCUUCUAAUAAAACACUUC